ACAAAUGAGCUGACCGUUAAAUCAGAAGAUAAGAUGUAACAGUCACCGGUUAUUAAACGGUCAUGAAAGGAGCUUCAGCGGCGGCUUCUCGUGAGAUUUUAUUAUUAUUAUUGUUAUUAUUGAACGAGCUUCAUCUUUAAAAUGAUCAUUUACAACAACAAGGCGAUGGAGGAUCAUCAAGACUCGCUGGGACGUUAUGUCUCCGGAUCUUCAUCUGAAGGAGACAUCGCUGCUUUCAGGACUGAAACUUAAUGUAAAACAUUUGUUCAGAUGAGGAUCAGCUUCAGAUGAGGAUCAGCUUCAGAUGGGACAGCAGAGUGAGGACUGACUGAGUGUAUCUUUAGCCCCGUUCAUUUAUGCUAACAAAGGUGUGAAGUGUGUAUUUCCGCGUCAGGUAUAACGGUCCACCACGUCAGCACCUCUGAACAUCUACAGCCGAGCAGGAGACACUGAGGACGGAUAGACUCUGUUAACCCUAAACCAACACGUUUUUAAUGUAUUCAACUUAAACCUGCCUGCUAAUGACCAACCCCGUUAUAACAUGACUCAGAGAAGCCAGAUGUUGUUGUUGUGUCCUGGGGAAGGCUGCAACUUAUUAAAGAUGCAGAACAUUUCACAUUUCAUCAGGCAUAGUUUCAAUCAAAUAGUAUCAUUUGUUCAUAAAGUAUUAUGUUAUUGUUAAUUUGUCUUGUACCUACUAUCAAAUAGCUGUUUUAGUGGAGAAAUACAGGCGUACCAGAAGUCCUUGUACUAAUAAAACAGCUGCUCUUAUAUAAUAUUUCAGUGUUAGACAGAAAAAGUAGGACAGUUUUCAAUUUGAUAGACCUUUAUUCAACAUUACUAAAUAUGUAUUAUCCUAUCAAACCUGACAGAAUAGUUUAUCUGAGAGGUCAACAGAACAAGCACCCAAACUACGACUGUUUAGAUUUAUUUGUAUAAAAGUUUCUGGCUGUUUGCCAAAAGACAGCUUAAAAUACUUGUAGUGUAUACCAACAUGCAGGAGUAAAUGUAUUUGUUUGUCUUUCUUGUGGGGAGAAGGUCUAACUGAGCAUGUGCAGUAUGAGUGCCUCCUCUCUGGCAUGUCUCUGAUUGGAGUAAUAAGACUUAUUCAAACCGUCCUCAGUGUCCUCUACUUUAAACAGCCAUGGCUCUGAGGUCCAGGAGAUCAUGGACGACUGUGAUUUUCGGCGUCUUUCUUGGAUUCACGGCGUCCUCGUGGCUCAUCGUUCCUCAGGUUCUGGAGAGUAAACGUAAAAAAUCUCCAGAGUGUGUGUACUUCAGUGACUCCUCUGCUGGUAAAGUCCCUGCCGGCUGUCAGAGACCGGGCGGUCCGCAGGUCGGUCCAGAGGAGUUGAGAGGAUUCGGCCUUGGAGGAAACGUUACCGGAGAAACCAGGAAACCUGUCAACCGACCCAAACGUUUCCUCUAUGUUGGCGUGAUGACAGCGAAGAAAUACCUGCGGUCUCGUGCGGUGGCUGCGUACAACACCUGGGUGAGCUCCAUACCUGGGAAGGUGGAGUUCUUCUCGAGCGCAGGGUCUGGCACCGUCUACGCGCCCGGCCCCCUCCCAGUGGUUUCUCUGGAAGGUGUGGAUGACGCGUAUCCACCACAGAAGAAGUCAUUCAUGAUGCUGAAGUACAUCCACGACCACUACCUGGAUAAAUACGAGUGGUUCAUGAGGGCGGACGAUGAUGUUUAUAUAAGAGGUGAGAAGCUGGAGCUCUUCCUGCGGUCUCUGAACAGCAGUAAGCCUCUGUACAUUGGUCAGACCGGUCUGGGGAUGGCUGAGGAGCUGGGCAGACUGGCCCUGGAGCCCGGAGAGAACUUCUGCAUGGGGGGGCCCGGGAUGAUCUUCAGCAGGGAGGUUCUCCGCAGGAUGGUCCCUCAUAUCAGCACCUGUCUGAGGGAGAUGUACACCACACACGAGGAUGUGGAGGUGGGCCGCUGUGUGAGACGCUUCGGAGGAACGCAGUGUGUCUGGUCUUAUGAGAUGCAGCAGCUCUUCUAUGAGAACUACGAACGCAACAAGAAAGGUUUCAUUGAGGAUCUUCGCAGUAGCAAAAUCCACAACGCCAUCACACUCCACCCGAACAAAAACCCCGCCUUCCAGUACCGACUCCACAACUUCAUGCUGAGCCGAGAGAUCUCCAGACUCCGGUACCGCACCAUCCUGCUCCACCGCGAAGGCCUGGACAUGAGUCAUCUCAGCGAUACAGAAGUCCUGUGGGAGGACCAGCAGCUGGGAUCCCCCCCAUCCUACAUGCUCUACCGGCCCAACGAGAGGAGUGAUGUCAUUGAGUGGGACUUCCUGACCGGACGCCAUAUUUACUCUGCUGUCGAGAACAAGAUGUCUCGGCACAACCUUGGGAACGUUUUCCGGACCGCUCUUGAAGACAUUAUCCUGCAGGUCAUGGAAAUGAUUAAUGAGAAUUCAAAAACUCGUGGUCGUGUUAUUGACUUCAAAGAGAUCCAGUAUGGAUACUACAGGGUGGAUCCAAUACACGGUGCAGAAUACAUCUUAGACUUACUGCUUCUGUACAGGAAACAUAAAGGACGCAAGAUAACUGUGCCCGUGAGGAGACACGCUUACCUUCAGCAGUCCUUCAGCCGACCCUUCUUUACAGAAACCGAAGAGUUGGAUGUGUCUGAACUCGUGGCCGCCAUCAACUCUGAGUCCCAGUCCCAGUCUUUCCUGCCCAACUCUCUGAAGUUCCUGUCACCUUUCCAAGUCUACGAAUCAACCGCAGAGGUGUGGGAGCAGAGUCAGAGGAAGGUCAACAUCCUCGUCCCGUUGUCCGGUCGCUACGACACUUUAAUGCGCUUCAUGGAGAACUUUGAGAAAGUGUGUUUGAUACCCAAACAAAAUGUAAAGCUUUCUCUCAUCCUGGUGGACGGGGAGAGCAAUCCGAGCGGAGGACGACACGUUCAGUUAAUCAAAGACUAUCACAAGAAGUAUCCCAAAGCUGACCUGUCCAUAAUCCCCAUGACAGGGAACUUUUCCAGAGGCUUAGCUCUGGAGCUGGGCUCUGCACAGCUGGAUAACAACACUCUACUCUUCUUCUGUGAUGUUGAUCUUAUAUUUAAUGGUGACGCUCUGCAGCGCUGCAGAGACAACACUGUUCAAGGUCGACAGGUCUACUUCCCUGUCGUCUUCAGUCAGUACAAUCCAAAAAUAGUCUAUCCUGAGAGAACCCCAAGAGAAAGCAAGUUUGUGCUCACAAAGAAGAGCGGUUUCUGGCGGGAUUACGGCUUCGGGAUCGCCUGUGUUUUUAAGAGUGACUUACUAAAAACUGGAGGUUUUGACACCUCGAUCCUCGGCUGGGGGUUGGAAGACGUGGACUUGUUCACCAAAGUGAUAAAUUCUGGUUUAAAAGUGUUACGCAGUCAGGAACCAGGAAUCGUUCACGUUUAUCAUCCCGUCCACUGCAACUCAAGUCUGGAGCAGAAGCAAUACAAGAUGUGCCUUGGGUCCAAAGCGAGUACGUUUGCAUCGACGAUGCAGCUAGCCGAGCUGUGGCUGGAGAAGCACAUAGAGGUGGGGUAUAACAGAACUUCAUCCUGACACUCCAACACCGCUGCACUGUUAAUGCAAGUUUACCUCAAUUCUGCUGAAGAAGCGCCGGACAGGGGUCCUUAUAGGGCGGAACAUUAAAUCCUGGAAGGAACCAAGACUUUCCAAUCCAAAACAGAGAUGGACCAAACCAAUUAAACCAAACUAACAUAACUGCAGGAAGACUAACCUCGAAGGAAUGGGACAAUAUAAUGCCAGAGCAGAACUGAGUCUAAGAUAACCUGCAUCAAACAACGGAAGUCAGCUAGUGUAUCCAUUUCCAAACCAGCUGGGAGACCACUGACCCAAACACAGUGGUUGUUUCUUGGUACUUUGAACAGUGUCCUGUUCUUUUCAGCUUUACAAAUUUCCUGAUGUUUUAUUUACAGUGCCAAUGAUGCAGUUAAAGAGCUUUGGGACCUUUUUCCAGUUCUUUAGGAUUUGGGUUAACUCUGAGUUUUUACCAGCGUCAUAUUUUUAAUUAUACAUCUGACCACGCUACUUUUGGUAGUCCACAGCUUCGGAAAUAUUUUUAAAAUGACCCAAAGAAUAAGUAGUAUUGCCCAAAUGACUCGAUUGGUGAUUACAACCAGUUUAUAUUCAUUUCAGAAAAAAAAAUCAAAUGGAAGACACAUGGUAGACUUCAAAAUCAGAUAUGAUACUAGUACAGAUCGAACUAUAUCGACACCUGUUUCAAUACCAGGGCAAAAUAAAUAAAAGUCUCAGGCAGAAUAUUGGAUCAUUUCUGUUUUCAAUUACCAAAAGUUGCCAGCAAACACCUUCACACCGUCUGAAUUACACAAAUAUUUGCCAAUGUAUUUGUGCAAUUCAGACGGUGUGAAGUUGUUUGCUACUUUUGGUGGAUUCAUUCCCCUUCUACUCACCCCUCUAAUGAAAUUGAUGUAGUCUUAUUUAAAGCUGUGACUCUUUUCGAUACCAUCAGUCAUUAAAAUGACGCAGGUUGUAAAAUGUUAAAACAGAUGGUGGAAAUAUUUGACAAUCUUAAUAUAUUGUAGGAGAAACAUUGUGAGGCUUAAACCCAACAUGCUGCUCUAACGCGUCGCAGGUAUUCAGCGUACGACUCAGUGAAACAGUGAAGUCAGUAUUUAAUCAAGGCGGCUGCUGAGCAGUGCGUCUUCUACGGUACGCAAUCUGUUCGUGUGUGUUUGUGUUUCUGUGGCGAGAGAAAUAUGUAAUCUUACUAAUCUGAAUUCAUUGAGGCUCCAUCCUGCGGACAUAAAGCUGCGUGGUUACAUGUUGACUCCUCUCUAACGAUCUCUCAUAUGUGGCGGGCGCCAUUUCUUUAUCUUGUUUUUGCCAAACCAUCCAGAGAGUUCCUGCCAUGAAUCAAAAAGUGACUCUAGAGGACAGCUAGCAGAAUGUUUCCUUAUCAUCAUCAUGUUGUUUGUUUGAUAUUUGUCCAAUUCAAAGGUACUUGGUGGAGUUUUAAAAAAUGUAUCAUUGCCACAGGUGGCCAUUAAGUGAACUGCAAUCAGCAUCCCCGUUCUUCACACUCUAUAAGAACGAUAUUACAUCAGCCAAUAAGGUGACAUUGAUGAGACAGGUAGCGAUUUACAUCAUCACAUUAGAUACACACCUGUUCCUUUAACUUCACCUUCUUCAACACUGAUGGUCAUAUCAUGGUUCACAACAGCUGGUGAAGUCAGUUUGUCCAGAUCUGACUUUUCCACGAGGAUAGUGUUUUAUUAGCGAUAGCAUUAGCAAGCGAGGAAGCUAAAGUGAUCCUGUUAGCUCAGACUUGGCUAAGUGCAUAGCUGAACGUUAUUAAAGACAAAGGAAUAUAAAGCAUGAACACUUAUUCACAGGCCAAGUCAGUUUAAGAAGUCUGGCUGAUUGAAGCCGGGGAUACACUGAGUUUUCAGCCCAAAUCUGACCCGGUAAUUGAGUUGUAUGGCUGAUUUUGAAGUCGAUGCAAAUUUCAACUCCACCGCGUGUCAUUUUCCGUGUAGAGAGAGGCGCGAGGACCAAUCACAGCUUAAACAACUGCUCCCAACCAAUCAGAUGAAUUUCUGACAUGCCCAAAGUGGCAAGCCUAUAAACUAUUUACUCUUGCAGUGUGAACAGCAUUUUUCCAAUCCUACCGUGUAUUCCUGGCUCAGCUGACACCUUCCACUCAGGACAACCUAGUUAGCGAGCUAACUGGUAUGAGACAGUUACGGGUCGAGUGCCCCGCUGAUAUUGAUUGUAGUUUUCCCAUUCAGCAGGACGAGCAGAUUUGUUGUGUUUUAUGAGGGUUUGUGUGUUGUAAUGUGAGGGUCCAUAUCAAGCUAUUAUUUAGCACUGUUGGCGCGGGAGGGGAGCGGAACAGAAGCGAGGCUCUGGAGUGUCUAUUUAAUGUCUCACCCUUUGGAUUGUUCUUGGUACAACCAUCCUUAGCAUGUAAAUCGGUCCACAGGCUGUUAGAGGCAGCAAAAGAGCAGUGUUUCAUUAAAUCUGUUUUGAUAUUGGCAAUAAAAAACAAUCAACAUGUAUUAAAAGUCCAUUAAACUUUUACGUUUUUGAUAAAGAUAGAAAAGUGUUGAAGUAAUCCUCCAGCGGCUGAAGUAAAACUGAAAAGACAGAAGACUGAAGAUGCUGUCUGACGAUCGGUAAAUGUUUAAUUUAAAGUUCACAAUCGUUUAAGUGUCACAAUCAGACAAUCUUUCAGACAAAGAAGCCUCUAUACAGAUUUCUGUUUUUGUGUUUUGUUCAUUCAGUGCCACAGUUUCCUCUUGGAAAUAAUGAGGAUGUUUUCGUUUCUGUGACUUGGCGUCUCUAAUAAAGUCUUAUUUUAUGAACUUUUC